UCGAAUGCUGAUGACGUUGCAUUGCGGAAGUUUUCUCCUGAAGCCACAAACCAUGCACCGAAGAGGGGUGGGAGCGGGGGCAAUAGCCAAGAAGAAGCUGGCAGAGGCCAAGUAUAAGGAGCGGGGAACAGUAUUAGCUGAGGAUCAGUUGGUGCAGAUGUCAAAGCAGCUGGAAAUGUUUAAAACCAAUCUGGAAGAGUUUGCAAGUAAACACAAGCAAGAGAUUCGCAAAAAUCCCCAGUUCAGAGUGCAGUUCCAAGACAUGUGUGCUACAAUUGGAGUAGACCCAUUGGCAUCUGGCAAAGGAUUCUGGUCUGAAAUGCUUGGCGUUGGAGACUUUUACUAUGAGCUUGGUGUUCAGAUAGUUGAAGUUUGCCUAGCUCUGAAACACCAAAAUGGCGGACUUAUAACUUUGGCAGAGCUUCAUCAGCAAGUUUUGAAGGGAAGAGGAAAGCUUGCUCAGGACGUCAGUCAGGAUGAUAUUAUCAGAGCUAUCAAAAAGCUAAAGGUCCUUGGUAGUGGUUUUGGAAUUAUCCCUGUGGGCGGAUCUUACCUGGUACAGUCUGUCCCUGCAGAACUUAACAUGGAUCACACAGUUGUACUCCAGUUUGCAGAGAAAAAAGGGUAUGUAACAGUAAGUGAGAUAAAAGCAAGUUUGAAUUGGGAGUCUGAGAGAGCCAAGCAUGUAUUGGAGCACUUACUGAAGGAAGGUUUGGCAUGGAUAGACUCACAGGCUCCUGGAGAGGCGCAAUAUUGGCUACCUGCCCUCUUUACUGAACUUUACUCUCAACAAAUUUCUCCAGAGGAGACAAAGGGCAGGAUACCCUGAAACCUAACAGUGUGGCCUUUAAAGAAAGACAUCAAUGCUACCUCAGACUCCACUGUCAAAAAAUAAAUCCUCUGAGGGAAAAUAAUAUUCUUCUAUAUUUAGUGAGGGGAAAAAAUCUGAAAUCCUGCUUCAGUAAUUCUGUGAUUCCCUAUGGCAAUCAGAAGGAGGGACGUUUUGGAUUUCUUAUAGUUGGUAUAUAUCUGGUCCUCUGCGAAUGUACUCUUUGAGAAAAAGUAGGUUUAUUGGAUCAUGUUAUACCAGCUGUAUAUUUUUUUUCCCCCACAAUGUUUCCUGCAUUUUUUGGUAACUGAUGAAUAACUAUUUGACUGUCCCUGAAGCGAUAUUGGGGCCACUGUCAGUCUGUAUGGGUCCAGAUUGCAAAGCUCAUGAUUCCCCCUUAAAUUGUAUUUCCUCUACACACUCUUCAUUUACUAGGUUUAUCCUUCUUGAGUUCCAUAAAUAUUUUUUGCUGUAGCACCCACCAUACACUACUUCAAUAAACUGUUCCUAUCCCAUGUUUCCUUGAACAUAAUGUGGAUUUUAGCCUUUCCUCUUUUUCAAAACAGAUCAUGUUACCAAUUUCGUAGAACAAACUGAAUUAUCUAGGGGUAGCUUCAUAGGUUCCUGAUCACUAUUGCUGAGCUUACUCUAGAGUACUUGUUUAUAUAAAUAAAUUCAUGGUUCAUUUACAAUAAACAAACUUCACACUAUAGCAGUAGCUGCAUCAUGGAGUCACCUGUGAAUAAUACAUCUGAUUCCUAAUCUUUUCAGCCCAAGAGAAACCUGAGGCGACAUUGAUGGAUCCUUUAGUAAUAAAGUCUAGAAGCUAAUUAUAGUUCAACAUGAGAUUAUCCUUCAAUACUCAUUCCGAUUUAUUCCAGCAUAUUUCCAAAAUGUGGUGGGAUCUGCUCCCUUCCCUUGCUUGUCCCAAAAUACAUUUCUUGUAGAAUUUUAAAGCUUGGUUUCAUUGUUCUCAGAUUGGAAAUAAGUCAACGUCCAUGGCUUCAUACAGGGAGGACAUAUUCAUAGCUAGGCUGCUUUUGACAGACUAUUGCAUCUAUGAAGCCUCCACAAUAUUUGUUCCUCAGUCUUUAAAAUGUGACUUUACAUUAUGUUUACCGCUGUGUCUGCACUUUACCACUGCGUUUCCAGUUAUAAGGAGCACUAAGAAGCUGGAUUGAGCUAAUUGCAGAAACCACAUAAAAUGUGGGCAGUUCUAGCUACUUCCAUGCAAACAUUUUUAAGAACCAUUAAAAUAACUUGGUUUAAAAUUCUCUUUUUUUAUGUUACCAGGAAAAAACUACUUUAAAAUGGAAGAAAAAUGUGUGUUAAAGCACAGUUCUGGCUGUGUAUUAAUGCCUCUCUGUACUUGGCAACUAUUAACCUGUGAAUAUCACUGCAAAAUCAGUUGUAAGCUGUUGAGUUUCAUAAAACUUGUUUGUGGCAAA